AUGGCUGAUCUGGAUCUGUGGGGGCAGAGCGAGGUGCUUACCUUCCUGCUGCGUUACAGACCCCGCAGCGAGGAGGAACUCUUCGACAUACUCAAUUUGCUGGAUGGCUAUCUCAAAAGUAGCAGCCCCAGCGUUGUGAUGGCAGCUACUAAGCUUUUCCUGGUGCUGGCCAGGGAGUACCCACAUGUGCAGGCAGAUGUCCUGGUGAGAGUGAAGGGACCGCUGCUGUCUGCCUGCACCUCGGAGAGCAGGGAGCUCUGCUUCACCGCGCUGUGCCAUGUGCGUCAGAUCCUUGGUAGCCUUCCUGGCCAUUUUAGCAGCCACUACAAAAAGUUCUUCUGCUCGUAUUCAGAGCCCCACUACAUCAAAUGCCAGAAGAUGGAGGUGUUGUGUGAGCUAGUGAAUGAUGAAAACGUGCAGCAGGUGCUGGAGGAGCUGAAGGGCUAUUGCACUGAUGUGUCGGUAGAGCUUGCCCAAGGAGCCAUCUUUGCUAUAGGCAAUAUUGCUCGGACAUACACAGAGCAGUGUGUGGGGAUUCUGACUGAGCUCCUGGGGCUUCAGCAGGCACAUGUCACUUCAGCUGUAGUGCAGGUGUUUCGGGACCUGGUCUGGCUGUGUCCCCAGUGCACGGCUGCCGUGUGUCGGGCACUGCCUGGCUGUGAGGACACCAUCCAGGACAGCGAGGGCAAGCAGGCGCUGAUCUGGCUCCUGGGCACACAUGGUGACAAAGUACCAAAUGCCCCCUAUGUUUUAGAGGACUUUGUGGAGAACAUGAAAUCGGAGUUGUUCCCAGGAGUAAAGAUGGAGCUUCUGACAGCACUGGUGCAACUUUUCUUGUCUCGUCCUGCUGAGUGUCAGGACAUGCUGGGGAGACUGCUCUGUUACUGCAUAGAGGAGGAGAUGGAUAUGGCAGUACGAGACCGUGGGUUGUUCUACUAUCGCCUCUUGCAGUGUGGUGUGGAAGAAGUGAAACGAGUCCUGUGUAGCCCCAAGUCUGACCCCUCUCUGGGGAUCCUGGAAGACCAAAUGGAGCGACCCGUCAAUAUAUGGGCUUCAGAGUUUAAUACUCUUGCACCAGUUUAUGGCAGAGAACGCUGGGCACUCAUCACUGCUCACCAGCCAGCAGAACCCUCCUACACUUGUUCUCCUUGUAUUGACUCCAGGAACAGAGACACAGAGUCACUGAUUUCUGAAGGGAAUAAAGAAUUCCCCAGGGUUCACCCCAAUACAGGCAGCCUGACCUUAAUUCCUGAUGUUUACCUGACUGCAGAACAGUUUGAGAAGGCGUGGCUGAGCUUGGACAUGAGCUGCCAGCUCUCUCUGCCCUGGUGUGGGACUGUUCAUCCGGAUACCGUACAGACAGCUCUUCACGUUGUCCACAUCCAGACUAUUGCUAUGAGCAAAGCUGGUGUCCAGCCGUGGAAAGCUUACCUCAGUGCUCGGGACGACACAGGCUGCCUCUUCCUGGCAGAGCUCUUGCUGGAGGAGGCAGGUUCGGAGAUGACGGUUUCCGUGAAGCAGAGCGAGGUGAGGCCAGAGGCACUGCAGACCUUCGUCUCGGCCUUGAGGGCUGUCAUGGGGACAGCUGCUGGACUGGAUUCCUGA